UAGUUCCUUCCAUCACGUCUACGCAGCAGCAGCUGAGCAUCCAGGGUAGAGCCUUGACUGACUUCAUCCAAGAAGUGUAUUAUCAAAAUUAAUCUAAACGACGAUUCUUUAUCCACUAGAUCUUCGACUGUACCACUGACUAGAAUGCCAGAUACUACGAGGCGGGCUCCCAAGCCGACACAUUUGAAAUAUGGCUGGAUUAUGUAUUCACCCUUGAUAGCGGCGGGCGUAUGGACUGCUAAUUUAAUCGGUUUAUUGGUUUUAUGGGCUACAAAUGACUAUUAUCGUAUUAUCGCCGGUAGAGGUUUAGUAGUGUACAUUUCUGACCUCGGCGCGACAUGGAAGACUUUUUUUAUCGUUAUGAACUGCUGCACUGUCGGUUUCUAUCUCCCAGCAAUUUUUGCACAGCGAUGGUUGAGAGCUGUUGAUCGUAUUCCUGAAGCCCUCAGACGAAGAGAAACUGUAUUCGGUUGGCUCACUAUCGUUUUUGGUAUAAUCGGUUCAGCGGGUUUGAUAACUCUCGGUAUCAUGGACGACGUCAACCAUGGUACAGUCCAUUGGUCCAUGACAGUUGUAUUUGUCGUCGGUAUCGCCAUAUCGGCCGUCGCUCAGACCUGCGAAGUUUCAUGUCUAGCCACUGAUCACCCAGACCGCGCUCACUUGAGAAGAAACGGCAUAUUAAAGCUCAUAAUCGUUGGUCUUGCGGUAGCCUGCGCUAUCACAUUCGGUGGUUUGCAAGGCAGUUGUCAAGGUGACAUCGAUCCUGCCGAUCAUCCAGAUAGGGACUGCUAUAAUAUCACAUCGGCAGCUGCGUCAUUCGAAUGGGCUACAGCUUUCUUGGUUGUUUUCUAUUUCUUGACAUUAUCACUCGAUUUGUGGCCAGCCGCGAAAACUUCACCUCGUUUCCUCCGUAAAAUGGCAAAAUGGGAAGAAGAUCAUCUCAGCAAAGCUGAAUCACAUCUGAUAGCAGACUUGCAUGAACCAUCUAAUCAACCAACUGGUAACUACUUCUCUGACAGAUCAGAUUACGAUCAUGCAUAUGAUACGGAGAAUGCGUAUCCGAUGCGUCAACAUUCACCUCCUUCUAUGGAGCAGCCAAACCACCCAUACGCUGGGUACACAUGAGCUCUCGGAUAAAUAGUCACUCAUUUUAUAGUAAAAAAAUAUUUCCUUGUUUAUCAUAAAGAAUGCAUACUC